ACACACAACUUGAAUGACACAAAGCAAACUGAGAAGAAGAAAACCUGUCGGUUUAGUUCCUGGUUGCAUAAAGUCAAGACUCACCCUCUGUUCAGAUUGUUGUUUUCUUCAUCUGUAGGCUUAAACGGGGAUUUUAUAUCGACCGAAAUGUUCAAAAGCUUCGGGACGUGGUUGGGUUUGGAGGACCAGGCGUACACGAAGACGUCGGACGACACGGAAAAGCUGAGUGUGGAGCAGGAAGUAAAGGUGGUGGAAGCACAGAACGAGGUAAACAAACAGCAGCCAGCUGGCCAGGAUGGAGAACCAGAGGCCAACCGAGAAGAGAACUCUGAGCUCGGCAAAGGACUCGGGGAUUACAUCUUCAGUUUUGCCACCAGUGCCACCAGGAAGAUCUCUGAUUCUGUGGUAGAGACAGCGCAGAGCAUCAAGAAGACUGUGGAAGAAGGGAAGAUCGACGGCAUCAUAGACAAGACUUUCCUAGGAGACUUUCAAAAGGAGCAAGAGAAGUUUGUCCAAGAGAAGAAGGCAAAAAAAUCAGAAGCGGCGGUGCCUCCCUGGGUCGGCUACAACGAGGAGGAGACGAUCCAGCAACAGAUCCUUGCUCUGUCAGCCGACAAGAGAAACUUCUUGCGAGACCCCCCCGCUGGUGUUCAGUUCCACUUCGACAUGGAGCAGAUGUAUCCUCUGGCUGCAGUGAUGCUGGAGGAAGACCAGCUCCUCAACUGCAUGCGCUUUGACCUGGUCCCAAAACAUGUAAAGGAGGAGGUGUUCUGGAGGAAUUAUUUCUACCGGGUGUCUCUGGUCAAGCAGUCGGCCCAGCUGACAGCGCUGGCAGCCCAGCAGCAGCAGAAGGACGGCGAGGACAGAGCGGCCAGUGUUUCCCCUGAGGACGUCGUUCUAACAGACAACGUCAGACCAAAAACACCACCAGUUUCCAUCAGCGACAUACAGAAGCCACCUCAGGAGGAUGAGGAGGAGAUGUCGACCAGCCCCGGAGUGUCGGAGUUUGUGAGCGAUGCGUUCGACUCGACAGGCAUUGACCAGGAGGACCUGAGGAAAGAGAUGGAGCAGCUGGUGCUGGAUAAGAAGGAGAGCGUCCCUUCUCCUGAUGACGAGUGCGCCGACUGGGAGAAGGAGCUGCAGCAGGAGCUCCAGGAGUACGAGGUGGUGAGCGGCUCAGACAACAAAGACGACCAAUGGGAUCAAGAGAUCGAGAAGAUGCUCCAGGCCGACGACAGCUAGACAAACACUGUGUGUCCGUGUCCUGUUCAGCUGUCAGCCCCCCCCGCCCCCCCCCCCCCCCCCCCUUCACACAACUGUGAUUACUAUCUUGUAAACAUUCUCCUGUACCGGAUGAAGGUGUAGAUCCAA